AGAAGAAUAAGCUCAAUUUCGAACCAGGCUAAUUAUUUUGAUUCAAUCCGACUCAAUUUUCAAUCCGGACUGAUAUUUGAAUUGUUCAUGGUCGCACGGUUUAUCGAAGCAGUACUAAUGAAGGCCAGGAUUGACAGCCGCCUCUUCCGGGUCCCGGCUUCGUCUAUCCGGUCGAACAACCUGAUCCGGUCUAUCUUCUCAACCCAGUCCACACCUCUUCAAAAGCGUGGAACCGAUAGAGCCACGUAAAAGCAGCAACAGCGCCCCCCACCCCCCUUCCUUCUCUCUCUCUCUCCAAUGGCGCGCGCUACGUCGUUUGCCCCUGCACCGCGGCCACCAUUAUUCAACCGGUCUUCAGUAGGUUUGAAGCAAUGGGGCAAACUGUUUAUGCCGUGUUCUUUGACUAAAUUCGGAGUAAAUUCAUUGUUGCUCGGAGGUUUCCGCAGGAGCGGAUUGCGACUUCUUGUUUCGGGCGCAGCAGGAACGAAUGGAGCAACAGCGGAUGUGGCCGAAGGCGAAAGGGCACCGCGGCCUUACGCUUGGCCGGAUAAGAAGAGACCAAGGGUAUGCAUAUUAGGUGGAGGCUUUGGAGGUUUAUAUACUGCUUUAAGAUUAGAAUCCCUUGUGUGGCCUGAUGACAAGAAACCUCAGGUACUUCUUGUUGACCAGUCUGAACGUUUUGUUUUCAAACCAAUGUUAUAUGAACUUUUAUCUAGAGAAGUUGAUAUGUGGGAAAUAGCGCCACGUUUCUCAGAUUUGCUUGCGAACACUGGUGUCCAAUUUUUCCAAGAUAGGGUGAAACUCUUACAACCCUUUGACCAUAGGGGAGUGAAUCCACCUAUGGGAUCUACAUGUGGAGGAUAUGUGCACCUGGAGAGUGGCCUCCUUCUUGAGUAUGACUGGUUGGUACUCGCUUUGGGUGCUGAAGCUAAAGUUGAUGUUGUACCUGGUGCAGCAGAAUUUGCAUUGCCAUUCUCUACCUUGGAAGAUGCAUGUAAAGUGGAAGAAAAGUUAAGAACAUUGGAGCGCCAAUACUUUGCUAAGGACUUGCCAAUUUGCAUUGCUGUUGUGGGUUGUGGUUACUCCGGAGUUGAGUUAGCUGCCACAGUAUCAGAGAGACUGCAAGAUAAAGGAAUUGUGCAAGCCAUUAAUGUGGAUACUGUAAUCUUGCCAACAGCCCCUCCUGGCAACAGGGACGCUGCCCUUAGAGUUCUUGCAUCAAGGAAGGUUCAACUUUUAUUGGGUUAUUUUGUCCGCUCCAUUAGAAGAGCUAGCAAUUUAAGAAAUUUAGACAAUGAUGUUGGAGCAGUUAAUGACUUGAUGGCACUGCAAGAUCCUGAAAGACUAGUUCUGGAUUUGCAGCCUGCUGAAAGAGGCUUAAAAAAUAAAAUUCUGGAAGCAGAUCUAGUUUUAUGGACUGUUGGGUCUAAACCUCUACUUCCUCAAUUAGAACCUUAUGAUAUUCCCCAUGAGCUUCCUCUCAAUGGAAAAGGACAAGCAGAGACAGAUGAAACCCUUCGUGUCAAGGGCCAUCCUCGCAUAUUUGCAAUUGGUGAUGCUGCUGCAUUAAGGGACUCAAAAGGAAAACUGCUUCCAGCCACUGCACAGGUAGCUUUCCAGCAAGCAGAUUUUACUGGUUGGAAUAUUUGGGCUGCAAUCAAUGACCGACCUCUGCUGCCAUUUAGAUUCCAGAACUUAGGUGAGAUGAUGACUCUAGGGACAAGUGAUGCUGCUAUUUCACCAAGUUUCAUCGAGGGCCUGACUUUGGAAGGUCCCUUAGGUCAUACUGCGAGGAAGCUUGCAUACUUGGCCAGACUACCGACAGAUGAACACCGUCUGAAAGUGGGGAUCAGUUGGCUAACGAAGUCUGCUGUGGAUUCGGUCGCAUCACUGCAGAGUACGCUUGCCAAAGUCCUUUCAGGCACUUAAGUUAGUUGUCUCUUCCCUGUGGUUUUCUGUUCUUUCUGUACACAACCAUGGAAUAGAAAGAACAGAAUUCUAUCUGAUUCUUUGUGAAGCCAUAUACAUACAUAUAUGAAGUUAAUGAAUUUGGAUUCACAUGCUCAUGGUGCAGUUUCAGAAAAUUGAUAGUGGUAUGUAUUUGGUGCCUAGCCAGUGGCCAAGGUCUGAAAGCCGUUUAUGUAGUUUUGUUUGUGUUUUUUCUAAUAAAAACGGACCGGGUUAACUC